CGGGGAUUCAAAAGUUCAGUUUAUUGAAAUGAAUUAAAAUCCCCUACUAAAGAGUGGGUUCAAGAAUACAAACGUUAAGGAACAGAGAGUUCUUGACAUCCCUCAGGAUGGCGUCGCGUCAAACCUGAACCUUAAUAUGACAGCAGACAGCAGUAACGUUAUACACUGCAAGCACGCGACACAGUGUUGUAGUAAAUGAUCUCACGUCCGCAGCUCUGUCACUGUCCGCGUUCUGUGGUCAUGCGAACGCUCCUAUUUAUAACCAAGGAAUGUCUUCCGUCGCGUCGCGCCGCGUAGAAGGUGAAAGAGGAGAGGCGGAGUCCGUCUGAAUAUCAAGCGCAGCUCCGCUCCAGUGACGAGGAUAAACGCGUACUGUGGAUUCCCGCCACUCCGGCGGCUGCGCGUGGGCAUCAGUGAGAGAGUUCCAUAUAAAAGCUCCCGCAUCCUCCUCUGCCUCUGACACUCUCUGUUUGAAUGAUACAGUGUCUUCUCCUCCUCCUCCUCCUCCUCCUCCUGUGUUUUCUCGGAAACAUUUUCCUGCAGUAGAAAUUCAAAUAGUCGUCUAUGGUUCUGACUCAAGCUUCCAAAAUGUCCCGGACCGAUGAGGUGCACCGUAUAACGGAGAAUGUCUAUAAGUCCAUCAUGGAGCAGUUCAACCCUUGCUUAAGGAACUUUGUUGCCAUGGGGAAGACUUAUGAGAAGGCCCUCUCCAGUGUGACAUUUGCAGCAAAAGGCUACUUCGACGCACUGGUGCGGAUGGGAGAGCUGGCCAGCGAGAGUCACGGCUCUAAGGAUCUUGAAGAGGCAGCAUGGGAUGUGCUUUUUCAGAUGGCGGAGGUUCACAGACAGAUCCAGAUGCAGCUAGAGGACAUGCUGAAAUCAUUCCACAAUGAACUGCUUACAGAACUGGAGAAAAAAGUGGAAUUGGAUGUUCGCUACUUAAAUGCAGCUCUGAAGAAAUACCAGAUGGAACACAAAAGUAAAGGUGAGAGUCUGGAGAAGUGCCAGGCCGAGCUGAAGAAACUGCGCAGGAAGAGUCAAGGCAGCAAGAACCCCUCCAAAUAUGGAGACAAGGAGAUGCAGUACGUCGAGACCAUCAGCAGCAAACAAAAUGAGCUGGAUAACUACAUCUCUGAGAGCUACAAGAAUGCCCUGUCCGAAGAGAGACGGAGGUAUUGCUUCCUCGUUGACCGUCAAUGUGCAGCGGCCAAAACAAGCAACACCUACCACACCAAGGGCAGAGACUUGCUGACACAAAAGAUCCCAUUGUGGCAACAAGCGUGUGCUGACCCAAAUAAACUCCCAGAGCGGGCAAUGCUUCUAGCUCAGCAAAUGGGCUCAGGAGCGACGGGGACGCUGGGACCCAGUGUCCACCACACCUCUAAAUCUAGCCUGACCAUCUCAGACCCCAUCCCUGGGGCCAAGCCACUUCCUGUGCCACCUGAACUCGCAGCUCUCAUGGGGAGCCAACAGACGAGGAUGAUGGGAGUAGAUGGUGUUCCCGUGGUGAAUGGCUCAGGGGUCCAUGGGGGAGAAGACUACCACCGCUGGAUGGAGACCAGAGCCGCACAUGAGAAACCGGCCCACAGACACGGUGGAGAGACCUUCUCCAACACCCUGCCUGUCCGCAAGGUUGCACCUGUAAAGCCCAAGAAUACUUUGGCAGAGACACAGACACUCCCCAGGUCUAGCUCGAUGGCAGCUGGGCUGGAGAGAAAUGGACGGACACGUGUUCAGGCCCUCUUCUCUCAUGCUGCCGGGGACAACAGCACACUCCUCAGCUUUACGGAAGGAGACAUCAUUACACUGUUGGUGCCUGAAGCCCGGGACGGCUGGCACUACGGCGAAAACGAGAAAAACAGAAUGAGAGGCUGGUUCCCGUUCUCCUAUACCCGCUUGAUUCCUGAACCAGACAGCAAUAAACUCCACGUCAGUUUGCAGCAUAGCAGGAGCAGCAGCACAGGAAAUCUUCUAGAGAGAGAGAUGGCGUUGCCGACACCUGAUUACGGCAUGCCCACACGCUUCCUCACCCAGCAGCAGAGCACACCACACAGCCGACAGAGACCAUACAGCGUGGCAAUGCCAGGAUUCUCACAACAAGGGUUGGAGGAGUACGAGUCUCGAUUCCAAACGAGAGUGAUGGAUCCUCUCCAAUUCACCACAUUUGCGCUCACAUCUCGCCAAAGACAAAGCAAUUCCAACAGCAAGCAGAAACCCAAACUCAUUAUAACCGAAGACCUUGGAUCUCGACUCUCUUAUUAGGACAUCAGUGUUUCAAACACAUUUUUGCAUGUCACAUGGACUAGAGCUACUGUACAGAACCUUCUUUCAGCAAAUUUCCCACAAUCCUCAGUCAAAGCAACAGAAGGCGAUGCUCUGAGCUUCUGAUCAUUCAAGUAUUGCCAUUGCUAGUUAAUGAUCCAUUAUAAGCUUGAUUUCUAUCUAUGACUGGAAGAAACCCAUUUGUGUGUGUGUGUGUGUGUGUGUGUGUGUGUGUGUGUAUUUAAAAUUAACAAAUGUAAAUACAUUUAGUAAGAACUUUUGAUUUUUAGAAGACCUCAAGAACGUCUGUUUGGUCCAUUGAGGUAAACUACUGAAAUGAACCGAUAUAAGCAUGAUUCUUUUCUAUGAUGUGUUUUUGUCUCAUUAUAGACAUGUAUGUAAGGUCCUGUAGUGAAUCAAGGUUCAGCCUCCAAAAAGAGAAACAACUUGUUCUGAGUUUAUAUUUGAACAGAAAUGCACCUCUUCACAUGAUAUUAACACAUUUUAUAUGAUAUAUUAAGUACUGUACUAAGAUUAUAGAUUUUACUGUAGAGAUUGUAAUUUUAUAUCACUAUUAUGAUUCUGGUGCUUGUUCAAGUCAAACACAAAAGGUGCAGUUUUUUGGUCAAUAAUGACUUAAAUGUGACAAAUCUUUUGGCUUCAGAAGACCUACAACAACCCUACUUUUUCUCCUUUUGGAGUAGGCCUGUUUAUUUUAAGGUAAAAGAAUGGUUUGCAAAGUCUGCUAGAUGUUUUACGUUUGUAUUCCACAGAAAAAGAAAAACACACAUCAAGUGUUAUGAACAUAUUUAACUAAUGAAGUGAUUCGGUAAAAACGAACGUUGAAAUUUCAAAUUUAACAUUUUAACCUGCACUUUUAGCAAACAGCCAAGAUCGGCAGCCUUUCCUAAACGGUAAUACUGACCAUAUUCUUUAAUCCACAUUUCCAAUGUAGCAAGCGAGAUUUCACUUAUUGAUAUCAUUUUUACAGAUACCAAAACUUCAAAAUCUCCUAAAAAGGGCCAAGAGGAUAGAUAAAGCUAUUCUCUUCUCUAUUUUGUAUCUCAAUUAAACUGUCUAUUACAAAGAUGGUUCUUCAAACACAGCCUCCUCCCUAAUCUUUAUCUUUUCUUCCACACAAAUCCACUCAGUAUUCAUACUUUAUUCUUAAUAACAGCACUCAUUCCUUCAACAUUGCCACACAAACAACUUCACUCUUGCUUAGGCCUAUUCUCUCAUUCAUUCUUCUACACGCGUGCCACAAACCAAGGGUUUUAAAGCCUUUCAGUAACACGUAUCACCUGUGUUCACUCAUUAACCCAAUCCACAUCAAUUAGUUCAUUAGUGGGUUGUAUGUACCAAACAGCGCCAGUUUUUCAGAGUAGCUUCCAAAUGAAAAUAUGUAGCGAUACUCACUGAUUAUGAACACUAUAUAGUGAUUAUGUGUGUUCUUGUACUGUAUGAUGUAAAUAUUGUGUGUGAACAGAUUGAGAAUGGAAAAAUUGAGUAUUACUAUAUAGAGAAUUUGUAUGAUCCACUUGGUAGCCCAUUUCGGAAUUAGAUAUUUUUCCACCAGAUGUAUUUUCUUCCAUUUUCUUUGUUUUUUUCCUUGUUUGUGUCAUAUUAAACAAAUAAUAUGUGUAGAAAGACUAAUAAAACAGCCAGUUGUAUAAAAGUGAGGGUUACCUGUGUAUGUAUCUUAUUUAUCCUGCUAAUACAUCAAUAUGAAAUAUUUAAUUUAAGCUGUCAUCUAGCAUUUAAUAUGUUGAAUGUGUUGUAAUUACAUUAAAACAACAACAAAAACGGCAAGAGAGAACCGUCAAACAGAAUCGUUUUAUUUUUCUCACUAAAUUUGUGACACAUUUGAGAAACAGAAUUACAUACACUCUCGCUUAACAUUAUACUGCAACUCCAAACCAUCAUAAGAGCAAAUUCCCCAAGAAAAAUCUGUGAAUCUGCAAUCAGAACAAUUUACGGGACGCAAAUCCGGCUUGUGCCACAUCAACUGAUCCAUUUCUUUGGCAGAAAA